AAGCGGUGGUGGCCAGAGGCCAGGCCCUGACAGAGGGCGAGCAGCCGGACAUGGAGAAAGCACGGCCUCAGUGGGGCAACCCCCUGCAGUUCUUACUCGCCUGCGUCUCCUACGCCGUGGGCCUGGGCAAUGUGUGGCGCUUCCCCUACCUGUGCCAGAUGUACGGCGGAGGGAGUUUCCUGGUGCCCUACAUCAUCAUGCUCAUCGUGGAGGGGAUGCCACUCUUGUACCUGGAGCUGGCCGUGGGGCAGCGCAUGCGGCAGGGCAGUAUCGGGGCCUGGAGGACCAUCAGCCCCUACCUCAGUGGUGUCGGUGUUGCCAGUGUGGUGGUCUCUUUCUUCCUCUCCAUGUACUACAAUGUCAUCAAUGCCUGGGGCUUCUGGUACCUCUUCCACUCCUUCCAGGAUCCCCUGCCAUGGUCUGUCUGUCCACUGAAUGGUAACCGCACAGGCUAUGAGGAGGAGUGUGAGAAGGCCUCAUCGACACAGUACUUCUGGUACAGGAAAACACUCAACAUCUCACCGUCCAUCCAGGAGAAUGGAGGGCUGCAGUGGGAGCCAGCGCUGUGCCUUAUCCUGGCCUGGCUGAUGGUGUAUCUGUGCAUCCUGAGAGGCACCGAGUCAACUGGCAAGGUGGUCUACUUCACUGCAUUGAUGCCUUACUGUGUGCUUAUUAUCUACUUGGUCCGUGGCCUUACACUCCAUGGAGCCUCCAAUGGCCUGAUGUACAUGUUCACACCAAAGAUGGAGCAGCUAGCCAACCCCAAGGCCUGGAUCAAUGCAGCCACACAGAUCUUCUUCUCACUGGGCUUGGGUUUUGGCAGCCUGAUUGCUUUUGCCAGCUACAAUGAACCUUCCAACAACUGCCAGAAGCAUGCCAUCAUUGUAUCCAUCAUCAACAGCUCCACCUCCAUAUUUGCCAGCAUUGUGACCUUCUCCAUCUAUGGCUUCAAGGCUACCUUCAACUAUGAAAACUGCUUAAACAAGGUGAUCCUGCUGCUGACCAAUUCUUUCGACCUUGAAGAUGGCUUUCUGACAGCCAGCAACCUAGAGGAGGUGAAGGACUACCUGGCCUCUACCUACCCAAACAAGUACAGUGAAGUGUUCCCGAACAUUAGAAACUGCAGCCUGGAAUCAGAGCUAAACACGGCUGUCCAGGGCACAGGCCUGGCCUUCAUCGUCUACACUGAGGCCAUCAAAAACAUGGAGGUGUCACAGCUGUGGUCAGUGCUCUACUUCUUCAUGCUGCUCAUGCUGGGGAUGGGAAGCAUGCUUGGAAAUACAGCGGCCAUCCUCACCCCUCUGACUGACAGCAAGCUCAUCUCCAGCUACCUGCCCAAGGAGGCCAUUUCAGGUCUGGUGUGCCUCGUCAACUGUGCCAUCGGCAUGCUGUUCACCAUGGAGGCUGGGAACUACUGGUUUGACAUAUUCAAUGACUAUGCAGCCACGCUGUCCCUGCUGCUCAUUGUGCUGGUGGAGACCAUAGCUGUGUGCUAUGUGUAUGGGCUCAAGAGAUUUGAAAGUGACCUUCAGGCCAUGACUGGCCACACCCUCAACUGGUACUGGAAGGCCAUGUGGGCGUUUGUGAGCCCACUGCUCAUCAUUAGCCUCUUUGUCUUCUACCUGAGUGACUAUAUCUUCAUGGGAACGCUGCAGUACCAAGCCUGGGAUGCUACUCAGGGGCAGCUGGUGACCAAGGAUUACCCCCCCUACGCUCUUGCCGUCAUCGGUUUGCUGGUGGCUUCAUCUACCAUGUGCAUCCCCGUGGUGGCCCUGGGGACUUUCAUCAGGAAUCGCCUCAAGAGGGGAGGCUCUGCCCCAGUGGCCUAAGAAUGGACCCCCCCCCCCCCAGAGACUGAAGUCAGCCACUGCUUCACAGUCACUGCCUGCUGGUGGGAACGCCUUGGUUGGAGUGCUGCUCUGGGGCCCCCUCAGUCUGUGAAGUGAAUCAGGGAGCUUAGGCAGAAGACUGCCUUAGGGAGCAGACCACAUCCCUUAGGAGGGGCCCUCCAUCCUUUGCAAACUGAAGCUCAUUCCCUGUCGCCUCCUUGUCAUCAAGAGUUAGGGCCAGUAUUGAAGAUCGUUGUUUCCUUGAUUCUAGAAAGUCCUAGAAUUUAAGGUAAACUGUCUUUAGAAACUUGACUGUAACUCUAAGGAGCCAAAGAAGCAAUUGUCUUUUUUUUCCUUAAUCAAAAAAUUAAAAAUUAAAAAAAAUCAAAAUACUACAGGGCAACUGCUUUCCAGCCAGUGUCAGAGGUUUUGAAGCAUGUAAGGUGAUGCGUUAGAAUUAAUUCCAAAUCUUUUAAAGUCACAAAAUGUUAUUUCUGUGUUCCCUGACUAUUUUCUAAAGGCCACCAGGAUAUAAUGGCAACUAAGAGAGAGUUUUGAUGGGGCUCCAAAAGAAGUCACCUUUCUCAGAAUCCAAGGUUCUUCACAGGGGGCCAGGACCAACCUCUCUACAACUCUAGACUGUACAAGAAUUCUGAACAGACACUCCCAUCCCUAAGGUUUCAGUGUCAAAUGGGUCUAGAAGGAUAAAAGUAAUUUUAACUUUUCUACAAACAUCACUUACAAUCACCUUCAUUCACCUCUACAUAAUAAUGUUUUCUAAAAUGUAUAUAAACCACACAGAGCAGUUUAUAGCUGAAAACACUCCAUAUUUAUGGCUGUUAUUCAUCCUCGUUGUGAAUUUGUCUUUUUCUUUUUUUAUCAUAAUAAAGUGGAUCAAAGUUA